AUGGACAGGCUGGGCUCACGGUGCCCUCUGCCAGGCUACGCACGGCCCUCUUUCCUGAUAUGCCUCUUGAUCCUGACAGCCUCUCUCCUGACAUACCCCGUGCUCAGGACCGUCAGCCUGCAGCUCCUUUCGCUUGUCACCGGCAGCUAUGUGUCCGGCACGUACUCCAUUGUUUUUGUCAACUGUCCCAACGAGCAGAUUGCCAGAGAUAUUGCCAGGGCUAUCCUGGAUAAGAAGCUGGCUGCCUCUGUGAACAUCCUGCCGAAGGCCUCCUCACUAUACUAUUGGAAUGGAGAAAUAGAAGAAGCCACUGAGGUCCUGUUGUUAAUAAAGACAAAGACUUCCAAGAUCCAUAUGCUUUCCAGCUACAUCAGGUCGGUGCAUCCUUUUGAAAUCCCAGAGCUCUUCAGCCUUCCCAUGGACCAAGGAGAUGCGCACUAUUUACGGUGGCUGGAGGAGGCCACGGAGGAGUGA